AUGGCGAAGCAUGCCAGUGCCAGCGAUGGCCUCGUGGAUUUCAACAGCUGCUCCGUGGGACUGAACACCAAAGAUUUUGGAGGGACUUCGAGCCAGCACUAUGUAGGGCCAUUUAACCAUGCCGACUUGACGUUCCGCACGGGCGAUGGCUGGUGGGGGGACAAUCGCAAACCGCUCAAGUGGUUUCAGUGUUUGUUGUAG